AUGCAGAUUGCACGCCUGCCCGACAUCGAUGACAACACCUGGGCCGAGGUGAAGGCCUACGUGGAAGGCAACCCGGAGACUGCCAAGGCCUUGCAGAACUUCUCGAAGAACCCGGAAGCCAUGCGAGGCUGGCUGCAGACACAGGCUAUUGCCGAGCACUACAACACGAAGCUCUCAAACGGCGAUGCCCCGGUGGCGGACCGCGUGAAAGCCCUGGAGACGGAUCCUGAGCUGGCCAGCGUCUUUGAGGACAUCAAGAAGAAUGGCAUGGAGGCCGCCAUGAAGUACUACCAGGACGAAGAGAUGAUGCUGAAAAUCAGCCAGAAGAUGGGAGGUCUCCCUUCGGAGCUUCAGCCGGUCCUGAAGAAGAUCGAUGAAGCUUCCCUUACCCUGCAGGAGGCAGCCAAGAACGGAGACCUGAAGGCAGUGCAGGAGUUCUUGAACAAGAAGAAGCCGCUGGACUCCCAGGACCACAAGGGCAUCACUGCCCUUGGCUAUGCGAUUGGAGCCAACCGCAUUGCCGUCGUGAAGCUUCUUUUGGACAGCCGUGCAAAUCCCUAUGCAGUGGACAGCUCUGGCAACAGUGGCCUGCACUACGCUGCUGGCUACGGACGCAAGGAGUUGUUGGAGUACCUGCUCAAGGUUGGUGCCAACGUUUCGCAGCCAAAUUCCCAGGGUCAGACGCCACUGGCUGUCGCGACGCAGAACCGCCAAGAGAGCUGCAUCCAGAUCCUGAAGGCACACGGGGCUCAGUCCUGA